AUGUCUAAGGUAGAUUCCAAUUUUGCACUGAAAGUUCAGGAUAUGUUUUCAAGCAAAUAUUUGUUCAAACAGUGCAUACAAGCCAUUACUCUUAAAGAUAAUUUUCAAUACGUUAUUGUGAAAUCGAACAAAGAAGUUAUGAUUUUGCAAUGUGCCAUUGAAAAUUGCAAAUGGUCCUUGCGUGCUUCUUGUUGUAUUCAUGGGGAUAGGUCAUUAUGGGUUCUUACUAGGUUUGAUUUUGAACAUCCAUAUUCAGUAGAUGUUCCAUUAACCGAUCAUAGACAAGCCACCUUUAAUGUUAUCAAGGACUUAAUUAAGAACAAAAUUUCUUUAGCUGGUUCUAAAUUGUCAACUCCCAAAAAUAUAGUUCAUUUCAUUUGUGAUGAACAUGGUUUAAGUAUAUCCUACCAAAAAGCAUGGCGUGCUUGUAAGGUUGCGUUGGAUGAUAUUCGUGGAUCUCUGGAGGACUCCUACAAGAUGUUACCCAGAUUUGCAUACAUAUUGGAACUCAACAACCUAGGUUCUGUUGUUGAAUACAAAGUUGAUGCUGAUGAUAGAUUUCUUUACUUCUUCAUGGCAUUAUCUGCUUCCAUUUCUGGUUGGCAACAUUGUUGUCUAGUCAUUUUUAUUGAUGGAACAAGUCUAAAGAAUAAGUACGGUGGUACUUUGUUAUCUGCUUCAACACUUGAUGCCAAUUAUCAGAUUUUUCCACUAGCAUUUUGUGUUGUGGAUUCUAAGAAUGAUUCCUCAUGGACCUGGUUUUGUAACCAAAUGAAGAGAAUUAUAGGUGGUCGGAAUGAGGUUGUCAUAGUAUCUAAUAGGCAUAAAAAAUCUUCUGCCCCUGGUAUACGUGAGGAGCUUGAACCCAUUGGUUUUGCUAAGUGGUCUCGUGCCUACUCACCACGUCGGAGAUAUAAUGUCAUGACCACUAAUAUAUCUGAAAGUUUGAAUUCUGCUAUGCUGAAGGCUAAGGAGUUACCAAUAUGUUCAAUGCUUGAGGUUUUACGAAUGAUGUUGCAAAUAUGGUUUUUUGAACGAAGAAAUGAAGUUGAUUAUCAAGUUACUAAUUUUACCAAAACCAUUGAAGGUACAUUAAGGGAUCAGAUCGAACGUAGUCGAUCAAUGAAGGUUAAUUCGGUUAAUAACAUGAAAUACCAGGCCAUAGAUGAAACUUCCCAAUAUGUGAUUUACUUACCUACGAAGCACUUUGAGUUCACCAUGAAACAUUUAUCAAUUAAGUUAUUAAGGGGAAGGAUGACAAUGGACAUAAUAUCAUCAGGUAUUGUUGGUCGACCGAAAAAGGUUAGAAUUCCUUCAAGAAUGAAGUUCAAGAGACGCAUUAAAUGUGGCCGUUAUGGACGUGUUGGUCAUAACUGCAAGAGAUAUUUUUAG